AUGCAUACAAAGACAGAAAACAUUCAACGUAACAGCACAGCCCCAUCCAACUUCAUCCUCUUGGGUCUUUCUAAUGAGCCCCACUUACAAGGCAUAUUCUUCUCAAGUUUUUUGGGACUCUAUAUCAUUACUUUGAGUGGAAACCUUCUAAUUAUCCUCCUUACAUUAGCUGACCCAACCCUNNACACACCCAUGUAUUUUUUUCUAAGAAAUCUAGCCUUCCUUGAGAUUUGUUUUACAUCGGUCACUAUCCCCAAGAUGCUUGACAAUCUCUAUUCUGGGAAUAAAUCCAUCUCCUUUAUGGGCUGUGCUCUGCAGACAUACUUUUCAGUCUUUCUUGGUGGAUCAGAAUGUUUUCUUUUGGCCACAAUGGCCUAUGACCGCUAUAUUGCCAUUUGUAAACCUCUGUAUUACCCUGUCCUGAUGGAUGAAAAGGUUUAUAGAAAUUCAGCUGUAACUUCUUGGUUAAGUGGAAUAUUCAUGUCUUUUAUUAUUACUAAUAUGGUGUUCAGAAUGCCCUUCUGUGGUUCCAAUGUCAUCAACCACUUCUUUUGUGACAUCCCCCCUUUACUAAAACUGGCUUGUGGGAACAUUUCUAUGACUGAAAUAGCUGUUUUUGUGGUGGCAGUUCUUUAUGUUACUUUGCCUUUUAUUCUGAUCUUAAUAUCUUAUUCUGGGAUCAUUGCUGACAUUCUGAAGAUCUCUUCCUCUGAGGGCCGGAAGAAGACUUUUUCCACCUGCUCCUCACAUCUCAUUGUUGUGACCUUAUUCUUUGGUUCUAGUUCUAUCAUGUACCUAAAACCCAAUUCCACUUAUUCCCCAAAUACUGACAAAUACCUCUCCCUUUCUUACACAUUCAUUAGCCCCAUUUUAAACCCUGUCAUAUACAGCUUGAGGAACAAAGAAGUGAAAGGUGCCUUUAUGAGAAUUUGGGAAAAAAAACCGCUUUGA